AUGGCGGCGGAUACGGCGCUCAACAACGCCACCUCUCUCGGUCUGGGCAUGGUGAUGGGCGGGAGCGAAUCGGGCGUACUUCCGGGCACCUUCUCGUCCUACACCACCGCCCUGGGCCUUCACGAUGCACUCCAGCACGACCCUCGCGCGCUCUGGUCGUCCUUCGCCAUGAUCAUCGUCUCGGAAAUCGGCGACAAAACCUUCCUGAUCGCCGCGAUCCUCGCCAUGCGCCAGAGCCGUCUCGUCGUCUUCACGGGCGCCUUUGCCAGCCUAGCCGUCAUGUCGGUGCUCUCCGCGCUUCUCGGCGUAAUGUUCCCCUCACUCUUGCCAAAGAGCCUCACCAACCUCAUGGCCGCCGCGCUCUUCCUCGUAUUCGGCCUCAAGAUGGUGCGCGAUGGGUUGCAGAUGAGCGGCGACGAGAUGCAGGAAGAAUGGCACGAGGCCGAACGCGAAAUCGAACUCGAAAACACACACGAACUCGACACCCUCGAACAAGGCCACCCCACCCCCUCGCCCGCCGGCAAACGCGCAGGGGCGGUGGGGAAUAGCCUGCGCGAAGGCACCAAGAACCUCUGCGGCCUCUGCUUCAGCCCCGUCUUCGCCCAAGCCUUCAUCCUCACCUUUCUGGGAGAAUGGGGCGACCGCUCCCAGAUCGCAACCAUCGCCCUCGCCGCAGCACACAACGUCACCCUCGUAUGCAUAGGCACCAUCGCAGGCCACGCUUGCUGCACCUCCAUGGCCGUCGUAGCCGGCAGCUGGCUCGCCACAAAGAUCAGCGUCAAACACGUCACCCUCGGCGGCGCAACGCUUUUUUUGGUCUUUGCGGGUGUGUAUGCCUUCGAGGCCGCCACACAUGGAGGUGGAUCGCACGAGCAAUGUCGACGGGAGCAUGAGAAAGACAAGCUAGAUGGCCGCGCGCGUUACGCCGUCGAGCCCCAAGUCGUCGGAGGUCUCCACCGUAACGCCGUGCGCGCCCCGCCGAGGCGUGUUAAAGCUGAAAGUUGGGCCUUGCCGCGUUACCGCCCGGACGUGCGUUUGGGCGAGUUUCGAGGUGCAGCGUGCUGCAAAUUUCGCACGUGUGUCACUUGGCGCGUCACAGCCGUGUGGAGCAAGGAAAGUGCGCUCCCGCUUUCACGCCCCGACGUCACCACCGCCCAAGCUCGCAUGCAACCGUCGGCCUUGCCUUCUUCUCACCUUGCCUCUUCAUCCCACCCUACCAACACUCUCGCCACUUGGCCCUUCGUCAGACCCUUGAUCAACAUGUCCAAAAAGUACGAUGUGGUUGUAUUCGGCGCCACGGGCUUUACGGGCCAGCUCGUGUGCAAGUACCUCCUCUCGCAUCCGGAGCAGCGUCCGUGGGCCGUUGCCGGUCGCUCCGCCUCGCGUCUCGCCUCGCUGAAAAAGUCGCUCAACCUGCCCGACACUGUCGGCGUGAUCGAGGCCGAGACGGCCAAGUACGAGACGCUUACUGCCAUGACCUCGCAGGCACGCGUGCUCAUCAACAUCGUCGGCCCCUAUCGUCCCUUCAACGCGCUCGCCGUCGUGCGCGCCUGCCUCGAGUCCUCGACGCACUACGUCGAUCUCUCCGGCGAGACGGGCUUCAACUCGGACUGCAUCAGCCAGUUUCACGCGGACGCCCAGGCCAAAGGCGUCGUCAUCGCCAACAGCGUCGGCUUCGACUCGCUCCCCUUUGACCUCUCCACCUUCCUCGCCGCCCAGAAGGCCAAACAGCUCAGCGGCAAAGACGUCGCGCUGGUCGAGUGCGCCUACGAACUGCCCAAGGACCUCUCGGCAGGCACGCUCGCCAGCGCGGUUUCCAUGGCUUCCGAAAAGCAGCAGAUGUUCGCCGUGCGCGGCGACUGGCUCUCGCCCAUCUCCAAGCCGCACAGUCUCGAUUUCGCCAGCCCCGUGCGCUGGUUCGAGCAGCGCCGCAAGUGGGGUGCGCAAAACACCUUUUCCAUCCACAACACGCGCACCGUCACACGCACCUGGGGCCUCCUCCAACACCACUCCUCCCCCUCGGCAUACGGCUCCUCCUUCGCCUACAAGGAAGGCACCCUCCUCCCCAACAAAAUCGUCGCAUAUGUGGUCGCCUACCUCGGCGUCGUCUCCAUCUGGGUGCUCAUGAACAUCGCGCCCAUCCGCGCCCUCAUCGCGCGCUCCAUGAAACCCAACUCCGGCCCCUCGGAGCACUCGCUCCACAACUCCAGGCUCCGCGUCGACACGCUCGCCACCGCCACCGACGGCACCAAGGCCCUCUGCAAGAUGUCGGCCAAAGGUCAUCCGGGCUACCUCCUCACCGCGCGCAUGAUCACCGAGGCUGCACUCACCAUCCUCGCCACCAGCGACCGCGACCUCCCCGGCGUGAAAGGCGGCGUGCUCACCCCCGCCCUCCUCGGCGCCUCCACGCUCGCCGACCGCCUCGCCCAGUUCGCCCAGUUCGACAUCCGCACCGAGGCGUACGAAGACGCAAAGACGCGCUGA